AAUAUUUUUGACCGGAAGUCAGUCCGCCACAUAAUGUUACCGCAGGAACAAGGAAAUUGAAAGCAUUUAGCAGCGGUUGAUCAAGCCCCACCUCUGCAGGUGGAUGUGACACUGGAAACGGGUUCCAGUGUAUCCAGGCUUUACGUUACAACGGACAACAACAUGGGACUGCUGUCUGACCCAAACAGGAGACGGGCUUUGAUCAGCCUGCUAACCCGCCUCAAUGCCCCAAUCUGUGUGGUCUGCUACAUGGCGGGUGUGGCCUGGUUCAUGGGGUUAGCGUUUGAGCCUUUCACUCUGCGGACAUACAUGUCAGAGAAUGCCAUGGGGUCUACCAUGGUGGAGGAGCGCUUCCCAGCAGGGGAGAGGGCGCUGGCCACAGGCAGAGAGUUUUCAGCUCAUAAGAAGAAAGUAGGUGGGAUGCCAGUGGACUGGCUGGUGAAGACCAUGCAGGCUCGAGGGCUGGAGGUGUUUACCCAGAGGUUCUCUCGCACGCUGCCCUUCCCUGAUGAAAACAAAGAGAGAUAUCUGGUAAAAGGCACAAAUGUAUAUGGGAUCCUCCGGGCCCCGAGAGCUCCGCGGACUGAAGCCCUGGUGCUGAGUGCCCCCUGCACCCCAGGCGAUAACAACAACCAGGCAGUGGGGCUGCUACUUGGCUUGGCACAGUACUUCAGGAAUCAGGUUUACUGGGCCAAGGACAUCAUCUUCCUUGUGAAUGAGCAUGAUCUGAUUGGUAUGCAGGCCUGGCUGGAGGGCUACCACCACACCAACACUACAGGUAUGGACUGGUCUCCACUUCAAGGUCGCGGUGGUUCAAUACAGGCAGCUCUGUCCCUGGAGCUCAGCAGCGAUGUCAUCACCAGUUUGGACCUGGUACUGGAAGGCCUCAAUGGCCAGCUACCCAACCUGGAUUUAGCCAACCUCUUCUAUGCCUUCUGUCAGAAGAUCGGAGUCCUUUGCACCAUCCAGGGCAAGCUGCAGAGGAAUGACUGGGACAGUGUGUCUGGCUACAGCCACUCAGUCCAGACCAUGAUGCUGAUGGUGAUGAAGCAGGCCAGUGGGCGGCCCUGGGGGGAUCAUGGCCUUUUCCUGCGAUACCACAUUGAGGCUGCCACCAUCAAGGGCAUCAACAGUUUCCGUCAGUACAAGAGUGACACCACCACCAUUGGCAGGCUUCUGGAGGGAAUGUAUCGUAAGCUGAAUAACCUCCUAGAGCGCCUACACCAGUCCUACUUCUUCUACCUCAUGCCGUCCCUCUCUCACUUUGUCUCCAUUGGUUACUACAUGCCAGCCUUCGGCCUCCUCGCCGUCAUUCUGCUGCUUCGUGCCUUAGACCUGUGGGUUCAACUUGCGACUCCACCACCAAGAACAGAAGAUGGAGUCGCUGACACUGAGCAGAUGUCCAGUCCAGGAGUGCUGUCAGUGCUGACUCCUCUGGUGAUCAGCCAUCUGACUGGAGUAGCUCUGUACACGCUGCCGAUCGGUUUUCAGGAGGUGGCUGUGGAACACUUCCCGGUGUCUGAGACCGAGGCUGUGGUCCUGACAGCUAUUGCUAUUUACACAGCAGGCCUGGCUUUGCCUCAUAACACACACAGGCUCCUGUCAGGCGAGGGGACGGAGCAGGGCUGGAAAGUGCUGAAGCUGGUGGCUGUGCUGUACCUGGCUGUGCUGCUGGGUUGCACCGCCCUCAUCAACUUCUCCCUGGGCUUCAUCCUGGCUCUCACCCUGGUGCCCGUGGCUGCCUUCGUCACACCGCACGUACCAAAGAUUCUAUCAGCCUUUAUCCUGGUCAUCCUCAGCCCAGCAUGCACGCUCCUCUUUUCUGUCUUUUUCUUCCAAGAGCUGCAGGAAAUGCCUGUCAGCUUCAUCGACGGUUGGAUGCUCUUCCUAUCAGUCAUCUCGCAGGGCAUCCUGGACCACUCCCUGUACGGCUCUCUGGUUUACCCACUCAUAGCCCUGCUGGUCUAUCCUUGCUGGCUGCUUUUCUGGAACAUCCUCUUCUGGAAAUAAAUGCCAAGUCAUACAGGACUACUGAAGGAUGUUAUUGGGAGGAUAAAAAAACAACCUCUGAGGUGUUCUCAGGUUUGUCUUCACUAGGUAAAAUGUGAAUGACAGUUAAAUCCACUGGACAGUUUGAAAAGGAGGAAUAUCUAUAGUUGACCUUUUUUUGUGGACAUUUUGUUAGUAUUUCAUUCUUAAAACAGUGGAGGAAAAAAAACAGGCUUUUCUUGUUAAACUAAGCAGAAUGGACUGUUUUUUUACUGAACAUUUAUGUUAAGUGAAAGAGGGUGCGAUCGUUUCACAAGUAGCUGUAAUUUGUCAUGGUUGGGUUGCUUAUGGUAAAAUGUUUUAUGGAUUUUUUUGUAAAUUUAUUUGAGGUACAUAAAGACAAUUACUGCAUUGUUUUUAGCUUCUUUUUUUGUCAGGCAGGAUGGUAAUGGAUAGAAGAUGACAGGAAAACAGGAAACAGCUGUUGAAAUGGAAGAAAAUACCUGGUAGGUUGGUCGGUCGUCUGCCUCCUUUAAGAUGUCUGUACAUCUGCAUCUGUUGAACAAGCCAUCACUGCAUCUUAUAUUUUUAUAUUUGUUUUGAUGACUUUCUUUGAAACAUGUUUAUUUCAUAUUUAUUAAUGCCAAAUUAAAAUACUGAAAAAGUUU